AUGCCUCCCCGAAGGAUCCUGAUAGUAGGAGCGGGCAUUGCCGGUAUUGCUAGUGCUCUGGCCAUCUCCAAGGAGCUUACCCCCUUUGUUCCCGACCUUCAGAUCACCAUCUUCGAACGUCAUGAUAUCCUCUCGACUUCCGGGGGCGCGAUCAACCUGACCCCCGUGGCUCAACGUCAUCUCGAUCAGCUAGGCGUCUUAACGGAAUUAGAUCGACUGGGCGUCGAGGGUGGAGCGGAUGUCGAUUCCAUUCAAUUCUUCUCUUCCCGCUCGGGACGGUCCCUGGGGUCGAUCGACUUCACGCAAGGUCGGGGCCCCGAAUUCACCGGGUACAAGGGCCGACGGGUCAUGCGCAUCAUUCUUUCGGUGGCCAUGUUGGCCGUCGUCGAGCGGACCCGGAACAUCGAGAUCGUGUUUGGCAAGAAACUCUGCAAGGCCGAGGAGAUGGAUGAGGAGGCCACCCUCUACUUCGAGGACGGCACGACGGCCCGGGGGGAUUUGGUGCUGGGGUGUGACGGCGUGCAUUCGGCCACGCGAAUGCAGUUGGUGGCGCCUGAAUAUCCCUCCGAAUACACGGGCAUUUCCUUCCUGCAAGGCGUUGUCGACGCCAAGAUGGUCAAAUCCCGCGUCCACUUCCGAACGACGUCGAUGAACGUCUCCCGGCACGGCUCGCUCCUGGCGAGCUAUUGCGAUCGAGAAAAGGAGCAGAUCUUCCUGGCUGCGAUUGUCCAAUUCGAUAAGCAGCUGAUUUCGCGAUAUCGGAUCGAGGCCGGCCAGGAUUGGAGGAAACAGCAUGCCAUCCGGAAAGCCCUGCAGGCGGAGAUGCAGGAUCGAUUCGGGAAAUCGGGCAUUCCCUGCAUUCGGGAGAUGAUCUAUAGCCCGGCCGAGUGGAUGCUCUACCCAGUGUACCAGGUGCGGCCGGGAGGACGGUGGCAUACCCAGCGGGCGAUUCUCCUCGGGGAUGCCGCACAUGCGAUGCCGCCCCGCGAUGAGUCGGCUGCAUAUGCCCUUGACGACGCCAUUGUCUUCUCCCGGAUCCUGGCCAAAUACCGUCUCGAACCCCUGGCCGAAGCCUUCCGAGCCUACGAAGCCAUCCGACGCGAGACCGUGAACGAAGCCUUCAAGUCCUCGCAACGCAUGUGGGAGAAACACAAGGACAUGGGCUUGUUGGAGGGCCGGCUGCGCGAGUGGACGCUCCCUUUCUAUAUCCGCAAUUCAAAAGUGGCUCGCGAGGCCGCGUGGGAGUUUGACGCGACCAAGAUCCUCAUUCCGCCGCCGGCCGAGGAGCAGGAAUCGUUGUACUCGUUUGAAAAAGAAUAUCGUUUUUAG